AUGUACCGUCAUUUCCCAGCCCAGGUAACAAAAACAGUGGACCAGGAAAUAAAGUUCACCAGUUGGGCCAAAAGAGAGCCAACUCUGUUCCGUCUCUAUGGAGAUUUUGAGUGCAUACUCAAGGAAAUAGAGACCACUAAUGACAGUGGAACAACUAAGAAAACGCAAAAGCACAUCCCCUGUAGUUUUGCUUCGGUUCUGAUUUCUGAACAUCCAGAUGUUGACUCACGCACAAAGCUGUACCGCCACACACCAACCCCAGACAUGUCUGUAGAAGAAGUUGGCGAACGAGUGGUGGAUGAGCUAAUUACAAGCCUUCAAGAGUUAGAAGAGGAGCUGAAACCACUCCUAGCUGAAAUUAAACCAAUGCACUUGACCGAAGAACAGGAAGCUGAGUUUCAAGCAGCUACACAUUGCUAUAUGUGUGAGCAACCCUUCACAGCCGCAUCCUAUGAAACGGGACCAGCUGAUGGUACUCCAGAAGAGGCAGAAAAGAAA